CCUUGACGUUAAAUACACUCCAUGCCCAUGUGAUGCGUGUCUAAAGUGUAGCCCGCACAGUCUACGGUCUUGAGCGGUUUACCUUUUAGUUGCAACAGUGUCAGACAGUCACCAGGCAGAGUAUGUUAGUGUUUACUUAUUAAUUGUUGUUCAAUCUGCUGGCAACACGGAUUUCAAGCGUUUGCACUAAUGUAACGUCAGCUUUAGUCGCUCCCGAGCUCAUCUGGACUCCAGUCAGAGUAAUCCAAUAAAUCCAACUGGAUGCUGAUAGUCACUUGGGUGGGGCUUGACGCGCAGAUGACUGUACACGGGAGCCGGGCCCAGUGAUAAACCCAGAACCUGCACGGUGUCACUUUAACGCACCGAGGUGCUGGUUGGUUGGUGCGUAAAGCCAUGACCAAGCCCGAGUCGAGGAAAAGCGGCGUGGCCGCGGUCAACGCUACCGGCAAGUGCGCAACAUCCGCAUCCGCCGCCGCCGCCGAGCUCGGCGACGACAACGUUUCGGUCGAGCCGGGCUGCCCGAGUCCGAGCACGCAUAUCAGAGCUAAUGUGAUGAAGCAGACUUCCAGGGAGAGCAUGUAUCGGAGAAACACGGAGUGUGAAGUCUAUGACGACGGGACCAACACCUUUUUCUGGCGAGCCCAUACUGUGACCGUGCUCUUCAUAUUGACCUGUGCUCUGGUCUACGUCACGCUGUUGGAAGAGACCCCCCAGGACACAACCUACAACACUAAGAGGGGGAUUGUGGCCAGCAUCCUGGUGUUUCUCUGUUUUGGAGUGACACAAGCCAAAGAUGGACCCUUCACAAGACCACACCCAGCUUACUGGAGGUUCUGGCUUUGUGUCACUGUCGUCUAUGAGCUGUUCCUCAUCUUCAUCCUCUUCCAGACGGUGCACGAUGGACGACAGUUCAUGAAGUACAUUGACCCCAAGCUUGGGGUUGCCCUCCCGGAGCGUGACUAUGGAGGAAACUGUCAUUUUUACGACCCAGGCAACACCACCGACCCCUUCCACAACAUCUGGGACAAGAUGGACGGCUUUGUUCCAGCUCACUUCCUGGGAUGGUACAUCAAGACUCUGAUGAUUCGCGAUUGGUGGAUGUGUAUGAUAAUCAGUGUCAUGUUCGAGUUCCUGGAAUACAGCCUGGAGCACCAGUUACCUAACUUCUCUGAGUGCUGGUGGGACCAUUGGAUCAUGGAUGUGUUGGUGUGUAACGGUCUGGGGAUCUACUGUGGCAUGAAGGCCCUGGCCUGGUUGUCGAUGAAGCCCUACCAGUGGCAGGGCCUGUGGAACAUUCCUACAUACAAGGGGAAGAUAAAGCGUAUCGCAUUCCAGUUCACGCCGUACAGCUGGGUGAAGUUUGAGUGGAAGCCUGCUUCAAACCUUCGUCGCUGGCUUGCUGUGUUAGGCAUCAUCUUUAUGUUCCUCCUGGCAGAGCUGAACACCUUCUACCUGAAGUUUGUGUUGUGGAUGCCUCCUGAACACUACCUGGUGCUGCUCCGCCUGGUCUUUUUUGUCAACGUUGGAGGCGUAGCCAUGAGGGAAAUCUACGACUUCAUGGAUGACCCGAAGUUCCACAAGAAGCUUGGCCAGCAGGCGUGGCUGGUGGCAGCCAUCACGGUGACAGAGUUCCUCAUUGUGGUCAAGUAUGAUCCCAACACCAUCAUGCUGCCCAUCCCCUUCGUCGUCACGCAGUGCUGGUUCUUAGGAAUCUUCCUCAUCUUUACCUGGACCCUGUGGCGGUUUUUCAUCCGGGACAUCACGCUCCGUUACAAAGAGACCCGUCAACGCAAACAGGAAGUCCCCGCGGACAGGGACCGUCCUCUGGGCAACGGCAGCACAGCCACCCCGUCUGGGCGGAGCAAACUGAACGGCAGCUCCGAGACGGUGCGGCAGCGGAAGUCCUGAGGAGGGAGUCGUAUCCGGUCUGUUGGGUGUGACUGAAGGGGAAAGGUCAAGGUUUGAUUUGGGGGGGGGGGGGACGAAACGAGACGACUGAAGGAGAUUCGUGACUAAAAGACACACAUAGAGCCAAACAGACGGACAUGUGUAUGUGCUGUGUUGACUUCUUUUUGUGCCUACAUGAACCCAGUUGUCAUUCAACAGAGGCGGGGGUUGGAAUCGGGCAAUUUUCAUUCUGUGAAUUGUCAAGUUAUUGUCUUACUACAGGGAUUUACCUCAUUCAAAUUUUUAAGAGCAUUUGGGGAAUUACACACAGAUACAUUUUUGUUUUAUUCAAACAUUUUGGACGUCGGGUCAGCGUUGAAUCAAAGAGGGAAACUAGUGGAAGGAGGGAUAUAGGUGACCAGGGAAGUAGAUAGACUUGUGACCAAUAAUACACAGCAGUUCUCUAUUUUCUUCAUUGCCCUCUCUAUCAUUGAAAAGAAGAAACAUGCCCGCCGCUGUAAAUAUGCUUCGUUCUGUGUGUUCUGUGCGGGGAGUAUUCGCAGCAGUUGUGCGUUUUCUGUAGGUGUAGGUAACUGAUGUUCAGUGUCAACCUGGGAUUUUGGCCACAAUAUUGCCAAUAAGCUGUUGGAAUGGAGCUUGCUUAAUGAUAGUUGUUCAUUUUCUUAGGUUUCGUUGUUUACAGUUCAGGUUGUCAUUCCUGGGAGAACCGAGCCGAGAGGUCCUUGUAACUGCUGGGGAUCCUCGCUCAGUCUGACACAGAAAGGAAAAACUGGCGAAAGCCUUCAGCUCCUCUCUGGUUUUGUUCUUAAAAAAAACACAAAAAACUUUGUUUAGAAUAAAUCAAUAUGUACCCAUAUUCUAAUUAUUUAACUGCUGAUUAUACUUGAUAUACGGGGUUAUUUGUCAAUGUUUUCUGAUCAUUAUUGUUAUUUCUUUAGGGUAAAGCGAUGAUGAACACUAGAUUGUACUCAAUUUCCUAUUUUGGGAAACGAGGCACUGAGAAAUCUGCAGCACUCUAGCGAACACAUCCGUGACAAUCGCACGUAUAGAAAAGAUGUGCUCCAUUGUGACCCAGACCUGCUGGCUCAAAUACAGCAAAGCAACGACUGGCAGAGAUCUGGACCUUCCUCCACUGCUACAGGAUUGAAUAAUACAAGGCUGGGCUCAACUGAUUAAGUCACAUCACACUGUGACUUUAAUGCCAAAUGCUUUUCAUUUCCUUUAAUUUUAUUAAAAAUCUCAUGCUCUGCUGUGUCCGAGUUAGCUCAAACAAAAUGAAAACCAACCUUUUCAUCAGAGGGGGGGGCGGGGGGAAAUGAAGGUUUAGGUUUUGGUUUGGGAAGAGAAGCAUCCUUUUCCAGCUCUGUGGGUUUGCCAUAUUGCACAUGCAGCAAGCCAAAGCUUAGAUCCCAUUCUUGCUAAAGCCAUGAAUGCCACUCAGACCCACGUGAGCUGCUCCAACAGCUGUUAAACCUCAUUCAGAUUCCUUUUCAUUUCAACUGAAGCGGAGCCCCAAAGCCAUCGGGAUCGUGUCACGUCAGCAAACGCGUCUUUAUUUUCUGAAAAGGAAAUUGACAUCUGGAGGUCAGACCUUUGAAAACAAAUUGACUUCGACUGAACUCCGACCUCAAUGUCUGUCUAAAUAUGUGUAAUCAUCUCGGUAGUUUUCAGUUACAUAGUCAGUUACGAAAGUUGUUAUGACUGAAAGUUAACCAGCAACUAUUUUGACUGUUUGACAGACGUACCAGAUAUUUGAAGAGAAGUAUGAAUCAUUAAAUAGACAUUGUCCAUUUUUUUUCUGACCGUAUAUAGACAAAAUGAGUUUAGAAAAUAAUCUAUAGAUUAAGUGAUGAUUAGCUAGUUGCAGCUUAAGAUGUUCUGAACUUUUCAGAAUGCUACAAAAAAGAAUAAGCUUUUUACGCUGAAGUCCAACUGAACAUACCACUGUUGCGUUCCAGUCCGGUUGGACAUCCUCUGUUCCCUAACGUGUCCCUCAGAGAGCGUUAGUCUUUGUCCUGUUCAGGUCUUGUGGCUGUUAGAGAAUCAGCUGUAAAUGUCACUCAUUGUGUCCCAGUGGCUACACACACUACGUAGUUGAAGACAGUAGUAGAUGACAUCUGUGAAUCUAGGCUGACAAUACAGUAAUUAUCUCGUGAAUGUAACUCAGCAGAAUCUGCAGUUCAAAUGAGGGGGUCUGUUCAUUAUGCAUCAGUUUAUUUUGCCAUAAACACCAAACCAAAGUUUGUCGAGGCUCAUGUUCACGCUCCUCCAGGCUGUAACUGUUUGCAUCUGUUCUCCCUCUUCUUUGAAUACAGAGAUUGCUGUGCAAAUUUAAAAA